AUGAGUGGGGAUCAGCCAGUUUCCAGCUUUGGCGACCCAGACGCUCAGCCGCCCACCCCUAAACAAACACCAACAUUAUCGAUUUUCCCGAGUCCUCGUUUCGAAACACCAAAGAACAACGCGGGACGAUUCGACGAGCCUGGAGGCUGGACUCCUCAUUUUGCCGAGGAUUACUCCGUCUUCAACUCGACCCCGGGGAACCUGAGGGGCAGCCAGCAUCCCUUUCCCGAUUUUGGUCCAGCAACCCCAUACCUUGGUUCGGCCCGCAAACGGACGUUGUCUACUGGGGAAACGUUUUCGCCCACCACCAACUUGCAGCUACCGUCUGUGGAACCGUCCGAGAUCCUACGAUCCUCUCCGAGCCAACUAUCAACCCCAACCUUUCAACAGUUAACUCCCACCAGCCGAAAUUCAGAUACUGCUGAGAAGACUUCAAAGAAGGUGCGGCGUGGAACAGUGGUUGAGCAAUCUCAGGGACAAACAGCAACCCCGCCGCCCUCUGGCCGGAAGGGUGAACGGAAACUCGCUCCCAAACACGAUACGUCCGCCAUGCAGAAUGAUCAGGGCUACGGCCACCCAGACUUUUUGGCGACUGCCCAGCCACAAAUGGGCAACUUCGUGACCAACCCUGGCGACAUGUUUUCUUAUCCCUUAUCAGCACCGGCUGCCGGUCCAGGAUAUGCACCACAGCGGUCGUUUUGGGACCAGGAUCCCAACAUGGGAGGGAUGGAAGUUGAUUUCAGUGCCAAUGGCGCCAAUGGUGGCGAUAUGUUCCAAAACCAGACACAUCAACCUCUCACCCCAGUCGACUGGGCAAAUGCCAAUCUGAUGCAGGCACAGGACGCCAUGGUCGGUCAUGAAAACGGUCAUGUUACUACUGGAAAUCACCAAGCUCCCCUUAUAUCACAAGCGCCCAUGCCUGCCCUCGUAACUUCAGCCCCCGAACAAGCCAUGUUCGCGGUUGAUUAUUCCACGACCAUGGAAGACAACUUUGGAAUGAACAGUAGCGGCGGCGCGGUAAACCCCGGGCUCAUCUUCAGCCGGCCGCAGUCAGCCAACAUGGAUGCAAUCUCUCAUGACCAGUCUAUGCAAGUCCCUAUCGCACCUCGCCCUCAAACGAGUCAAGACUUUGUCCAGCCAACGAGCAGGGCACCAUCAGCGCAAAGAAUAGUGACAACCUCCCGAGGCGAGCUUCGUCGUUCGUCAAGCACGAGGACCGUGCCUUCAAGCAGACCAGACCGAGCUCUGGCUAGCUCACCAAUCAAGUCGGUUGGACGACCUGGCCUCUCGCGAAGCUUCAGCGAAAAUAGAGGGAAGAAGCAGUCGAGCCGACCAGCGCUGCCCACUCUUGCCCCAGCUCCUCGUCCACAAUCACAACUGGUGAGCAACGCUGGCGUAGGUGCCAACCGGCCGAUUAUAAGCCAACCUUCCCGUCCAAGUGGAAGGACAUCUCCCCUGAAAAGCCAGCAACACUCCCGACUGUCCAGCUUGACAUCCAUCCCAGAGACCUCGGGUCCAAGAAUGCGAACCCAAGCGAAGUUCACCAUUGAUGCCAACGGCAGAGCAAGAGUGGAAACCACAGUCGUUGUAGAAACAGAAGAGCCAACCAGUGCAAGAAAGCGCCAGGGCUCUCAAGACGGCAGCCAACGUAGGAGGUGGACUCCCUCCGACGAGGAAGAUGACUCUUCCUCUACCGAUGACGAAGGCCCGAUUAUCAUUCCUAGCAGAAACACCUCUUUUGCACUCCCAGAUCCGGUAAAACCCUCGAUUGUCCAUCCUUUUCACCGGGCGUCUCAUACCGGCUCGUCGUACAGCGCUAGCUUCCAACACCAGGAUGAUGAUAGCGAUGGGGAGACGGUGGUGAAUGUGAAUGACCUCACGCCCACGGGAAAAGUGGCCGGGGACGCGAUCAGUGAGCUGCAAAAGGUCAGGGAGGCAAGGCAGCGGAGCGGGCAGUGGCCGCCGAGUUCUGCGCCAAAGGUGAGGAGGUCCUUUUCGGGGGUGGGGGGGUCGGGGAGUGCGAGUUUUGGGAAUCAUCAGCAGGGGGGUUACAGGGGGAGUUAUAAUAAUAGUAGCUUGAGUCCGGCUAGCAUGACGGAGGGGAGUCUGCCGACGCCGACGGGGGAGAGGGGAGGGGGGAUGAGGUGCGUUUGUGGGAGGGGGGAGGUGGGGAGGAAUGAGCUGUUGGUUCAGUGUCAAUCGUGUGAGAUGAACUUGCAUGAACGGUGUGUGAAUGCGACGGAGACGUCAAUUUACAUUUGUUCGUUUUGUGCGAAUGUUACGACUGGGCAUCCGGUGAGGGGUGGUGGUGGAGGGAGGGUUAGGGAAAGGGAGGGGGACAGGGAAAGGGGGCGUUAUCAUGGGCAUGGGCAUGUGCGGGUGGGAGGAGGGGUGUCGGGCUUGGGGAUUACGAGUCCGUUGGCGCAUAAGAAUUUUAAGAGUUUUAGGUGA